AGCCCCACACAGCAUGGUCUGCGGCGGGGCCGGCAGCCUGGGCAUCGUCCUGCUCUCUGCCGCCGGCUUGUUCGUCUGCCUGCGGGAAGAAGGUCUGUAUAGAACUUUUGUAUUUCACAGUCACAGACCUGCAAGGAGUAUGGAAAAUAACAUUCAGCUGGUCAGAAACAUCAUUCCUCCUUUAACACAAGAAAAACAUAAGGGUCAAGAUGGAAAGAUCGGAAUUAUUGGAGGAUGUACUGAAUAUACAGGAGCACCAUACUUUUCUGCGAUAUCAGCACUAAAACUGGGUGCCGAUUUGUCCCAUGNUUUUUGUACGAAAGAGGCAGCUCCAGUUAUUAAAUCAUACAGCCCAGAACUCAUUGUCCACCCAGUGCUAGACAGUCCUAAUGCUGUUGAGGAAGUGGAAAAGUGGUUACCUGCUCUUCAAACAAUAGUAGUUGGCCCAGGUUUAGGACGCGAUGAUAGCUUACUCCAGAAUGCAAAGGGUAUUAUUGAAAAGUCCAAGCUCAAGAGAUUGCCUAUCGUGAUUGAUGCGGACGGAUUAUGGCUCAUUGCCCAAGAGCCGUCUAUUAUUCAGGGCUACAGCAAAGCAAUUCUGACUCCAAAUGUCGUGGAAUUUGGCCGGCUUCACAAAGCAGUGCUCAAGAGUUCUGUGGAUGUCGCUGAUCAUCAUGAUACGCUACUUAAACUCAGUCGAGCGAUGGGAAAUCUGACUAUUGUCCAGAAGGGACAGAGAGAUCUUAUUUCAGAUGGAGACACAGUGCUUGAAUGCAGCCAUGAGGGGAGCAGCCGCAGGUGUGGGGGACAAGGUGACCUGCUUUCAGGGUCCCUGGGGGUCCUGGCAAACUGGGCAUUCAUUGCUGGGAAGGAAAAAACAAAUGGCCUGAACCCUUCUCUUGUCGCUGCAUUCGGAGCGUGUGUCCUGACUAGACAGUGCAACAACCAGGCUUUUCAGAAGUAUGGACGUUCUAUGACCACAUCAGACAUGGUUGCAGAGAUCGGUACAGCAUUUAACAAACUGUUUGAAACAAACUAGAAGGUGUUAGCAGGAAGAAAACGGAGUACAAAGUGCUUUGCUGAAAUACGUUGUAAAUGUUUUGAACUGUUUUGAACUGAAAAUGCCUAAGCAGAAAGAUUUAGAAAUAUUUUGACAACUUGCUUGGUUUCCACAACAUGGUAUGUAUAUAAGCUGCAGCAUACUUUGAAUUCAGUUUCUUUUGACCAAUUAUGGGUCAUAGUCCUAUGAUAGCAUUUGCAAGUCCUGAGCAGAUGGGUGGGAGGUUCUGGUGUGUGGGUGAUAUUGUAUUGGAAGAAUGAAGAGGGCUCAAAUGAUAGGUAAUCUUCCAUUUGUGCUGUUCUUGAUAUAAUAAAUGUAUAAUGUGAAAUUGGCA